CCAAAAUUACAGCAGGGUACAAAGUUGACUUUGAUUUUGUUCUUCUCUUUUUCCGGCGAAAUCACAACAUAGCAUAGAGAAAAAGUUCGAACAAGCGAUGUUGUUCUUUUGGAAUACUUAAGAAAUCUGAACUGUGCAAGAUUAUUGUUUGUUGACUUGUCUAUUAUAAGAAGCUGCAAAUAUGACUCUGCAUCAUAAAUGAGAUCAAAAGAGCUGUAAGCAAUCUAAAAGGGUAGCAACGAGAAUGAGAAGCUAUUGGAGCAAAAGUUUCUUCUCUGAUUCUUCGGUAUUGGUUAGCCAAUUCUAACUUUAGCAGAAAUAGGAUUUUUGCCAACUAGCAGAGAAAAUAAGAAGCAUCUGAAGGUACCAAGAAAUGCCUUCACAGAAGAUUGAAAGUGGGCAUACUGACACGGUGCAUGAUGUGGCUAUGGAUUACUAUGGUAAGCGUCUGGCAACAGCGUCUUCAGACUGCACCAUUAAGAUAACAGGGGUCAACAGUUCGUCCUCGCAGCAGCUGGCUACUUUGAGUGGCCACCAAGGACCAGUGUGGCAAGUAUCUUGGGCUCACCCUAAGUUUGGUUCCCUCCUUGCUUCUUGUUCCUCUGAUGGAAAGGUAAUUAUCUGGAAGGAAGGUGCUCAAAAUGAGUGGAUCUUAGCGCGUGUUUUUGAUGAUCAUAAAGCUUCAGUCAAUGCAAUAGCCUGGGCUCCUCACGAAUUGGGCCUCUGUUUGGCUUGUGGAUCUUCUGAUGGGAACAUUUCCCUUUUCACUGCAAGAUCAGAAGAUGUUUGGGAGACAUCACGGAUCGAUCAGGCUCAUCCAGUAGGUGUUACAUCUGUUUCAUGGGCACCAUCGACAGCUCCUGGCUCUCUUGUAGCCUCUGAUCUGCUUAAUCCUAUUCCGAAGCUUGCAUCUGGUGGCUGUGACAGUACGGUUAAAGUGUGGAAGCUGUUUGAUGGGACUUGGAGGUUGGAUUGCUUCCCAGCUCUUCAAAUGCACACUGAUUGGGUCAGGGAUGUUGCUUGGGCCCCUAACUUGGGGCUACCAAAGUCAACUAUUGCUAGUGCUUCUGAAGAUGGAAGAGUGAUCAUAUGGACUGUUGGUAAGGAAGGAGAUCAAUGGCAGGGUAAAGUGCUGAAGGAUUUUGGUGCCCCCGUUUGGAGAGUUUCGUGGUCACUGACUGGAAACAUACUGGCUGUAGCUGAUGGGAACAAUAAUGUGACAUUGUGGAAUGAAGCAGUAGAUGGCCAAUGGCAACAAGUGACGACAGUAGGUACUUAAAACACAUUUUUCACCCUGGAUAUUCAUUUGCAUAUAAGGGGAUUACAUCAUAUCAACAAAACUCUAGCUAUUUUUCAAUGCAUGAAAGGAUUAAGAAAACUUGGAAGUUGUUGUUCAUGAACUGUCCGAUUUUGCUUCAUCAUAUCAAUGUGUUAUAUAUAACACCACGAUCGAUGUGGUGCUUUACAUCUAA